AUGAAGCCCUUUACUCUGCGAAGUGGAUUGCGGCUCGUGGCAAUUGACUAUAGCGAUCCUCAGCCACAGUACCCCGGCGGCCCGGUGGUAGACGCAACUGCCUUCGGCUACGAUCCAUUGAGCGAAGACAGCACCGCGCUGCAUCAGUGCGUCUCGGCUGUGAACAACCCGCCAGUGACGUACGGCGUCGACGAUCUGCUGGGUCGCAUUACCAAUGUGGAGUUCAUUGCUGAGCAGGGCAGUCCAGAAGAGACUGCAGCCGGAGUACCGAUACACUACAGGCUGGCGUCCUCACUGGAGCCCUUGUUGAAUGCUACGCUGAACCCAGCCAUCACCGCUGUUGUGGACCACUGCGUCAGCUCGAUCGUGCUUGUGUACGGCACAACACAGGAGAUGAAGCAAAUGGGCCUGAUUGGCACCCCAGAGAAGUGCGGGUUGCUACCGCAUGGGAUUCGAACGUUCAUGGAGCGCUUACUCGAGCGCAAGGAGCACCAGCUGUCAAAGGCGGCGAGCUCAAAUAGCAGCCCAAAGUCGACUAAUGAUCGGGCUGCGGCAACGUCCGACAGCCAUAGCGCCAACGUCUCGUCCUCGUUCCCACCGCACGCGUCAGGGACCGUGCCACCGACGAGCGAUGGUGCAGAAGACACUGUCUCAGGUAGCGACCGCACUGAGGGUGUGAGCAGACGCUCUUCCACCCCGCAGUCACACAGCUUUGUUUUUCCAUCUAUCGGCUCCCGAUACCACCGCUUUGUGCGGAUGGAGGCCACCUUCAUAGCCUUCGACUCGACCAGCGUAGUGGACUUGCUGGAUCUAUCGAACAAGCAUGUUGAGCUCGUGCUGAAACUUGCGCCUCCGCCGACACCAUCUGCGUUCGAGGAGAAGGCAGGCGAUGUGAACUCAGCGACCAAUUCGUCUGCUACAACGGACUCGUUCGUGCUUAACGCGCAAGCGAUGCCGGCUGAGAACGCGAACGACGCUCUCUCUGCGCUCGACGUCGGCCUGGAGAACCUCACACGGGCGUUGGAGCUGGCUCUUCUGCAGUCGGAGUCGGGCUCGUCCUUGCUCUUUUCGCUAACUGCUUUUACAGACACGUGCCGAUGCGCGACGAUGCACGUGCUGUGUCUUGCCGAAGACCCGGCAGCGCAGACUUGGCUGGUAUCAACGGUGCAGGCUCGCAGUCAGGCGAUUUCGCUCGGCGAGGAGCAGAGCUGGGCGUCCAUUCAGAACACGCCGAUGCCCCCACCGCUGCACCACCACGCUGCGACGAUGCUCGUUCCAGCGCUUUGCUUUGGCAACAUGUUUGCCUCCGUUCUCAUAUGCGUCUACAACUCUAUCACAGCGCUUAGUCGGCUGAACCGCGACUUGACCUUCGCUGUGGCUGGAUACUGCAUGCGCACCAUCCCGCGCGUGACGCUGGCGAGCUCGCGGUGCGGGUUGAAGAAGCUACCGCCGAGCUGGGAGGAAUACUUCACGAGCGACGGCCGACGCUAUUUCAUCGACACCACUGCGCAGACGACCACCUGGGAUGACCCGCGCUUUACCUAUGCGCAUCGCUCGUCUCGCUCUAGUGACUCGGCGGGCAACAACUUAGGGAGAGGCAGCACUGGCAGCAGCAGCGGCAGAUCGAGUCGUGGAAGUAACUACCAUAACCGACCUAGCCGAAUCGGCCUCGGCUCAGGCGACAAGGAUUUCUUGAUGUGCCGCCUUCAGCAAGAGAUGCACGGCGGUAGCGCUAGUGCUAUGGGCAGCAGCGGCACUACUCCGGAGCCUGCAAAGGGUGCGGGGCAGCCUCCUACGCUAGGCGCUCCCGCUUCAGACGAGGGUCCGAUUGAAAUCAGCAUCGUGGUCGUGGACACCAUGUGCCGACCGCGCGUACUGAUGAGCUCGCAUGACCCGCAGUUUGCCUUACAGUAUCGCGAGCAGGAGGAGAUGCUGCGUGCGAAGCGACGAGAGCUCGAGGAGGCGACGGAAGAGCUACGGCGGAUGGCGGAGUCGAAGGCGAAGGCGGCAGCUGUGUUAGCCGAGACCGGGAGGGCUGCACAGGAGACUGGGCAGGCAAUCGUGCCGGUUACUGAAAAGUCGAGCGAAGUCGCGCAGCCCGCUGCCGAUCGGGCUGCUCCGAAGGAGGCCACGGACGUUGCCCACUCCCCUUCCACGCCAAUGACGAGGGUAAUUGGGCUGAACGACGUUGAUGACGAGGAGGUAUCGGCUCUGUGCCGCAGCAACCCAGUCAACAUCGACCAUUUUAUGUUUGAGGACGAGAGCGGCAAGAGCGGCAAGGAUGACGAGCCGGGCGGCACCGAGCGGAUUUCAGCACCCGCGACUGCUUCCAGGCAGGCUUCGGGUAUUAUUGCGUUUGCUUCUGACGCGGACGGCGGCGAUGGGGCCGCGAAGCAGCAAAGCUGCAACUACUCUAACUCUGAGGCGCGUUUCUACGCCAGGGUGCUGCAGGAUCAGGCUGUCGACGCCGCCGAGAUGAACGUGCCGAGCACCGUGUCAUCUAGGGUCACCUCCGUGACGGCGUCAUCCGUGAUCAGGAGUGCUGCCGCGCCAGAGAACAGUCGCAGCAUCGCGACUGCAGGAUCUGAUGAGCGCAGCACCAGCGGCUGUAGCGAUGCUCCGACAGAGGUACAAGAUUUAGAGUCUCUGGUUGACGAGUUUACCACCUUUUACCGAAGAGCUUUUGAGCUUCAGAAGCGCGUGAUCGAGCUCGAAGUAGAGUUGAAGAGGCGGAAGUCGACUGAACACUCGCCGUCGCCGUCGUCGUUGCCAGCAGCAACCACUACCUCAGACGUUGGUGUACCUGAGUUGGUGCGGGAUAUGCUGAAGGAGGUGGAGGUGUCGCCGUCAGCUGAGGUGCGAGCCGCUCUUACGCCGGUACUGACAAGCGCCGCGUCUACCUCGUCGGCAGCGGCUACAGCCUCGGUGGUGCUCCAGGCGUUUCACGAAGCUCUACGGCUUGCAGCGCAGACCACCCAUGCGUGA